AUGGAAUCGUAUAUAAAAAAUUUAAAUCAAUGUAAUAAGAAAUUAGAACAAGCUAUGCUUGAAUCAACGAAAUUUAAUGUGAAAUUAGAACAUAUAUCACCAUGGUUUCAUGGUACACCAUGUCAAACAACUGCUGUAGAUAAGAAUGGAUUUGAAAACUCGGUUCGAGUUGGUGGAGGUUGGACAGCACUUGAUGAAUUUCUUGUUCGACAUGAUCCAUGUCGAGCUAAAGGUCGUAUUAAUUAUGAAUUACAACCCGAAAGUUAUGCUUUAUGUGAUGGUGUUGCUCAAACAGUGACAUUAUUUAAGCCAAGACUUGUUACUGUUCAUCGACCAACAAGUCUUUAUCAUCAACAACAAUUAGCAGCAUCCAAAAAAUCACCAGUUACAACACUGAAUCGAGGAUCGAUAGAUAAAUCUCGACGAACAUCAUCAAUUACUUCUUCAACACAACAACAUCGACCAAGCAAAAUUCCAUUGCCAAUAUCUCGACUUAAAAAGGCAACAAAUGGUGGAACAAUACCAACGAAAAAAUCCUAA